AUGGAAUCUUUGAUCUCAAAAAUCAACAAAAUCCAAGAUGUCUUCGCUGUGGUCGGAUCGCGUGAAGCUGAGAUUCAGCUACCGCAAAUUGUUGUCGUUGGAGCACAGAGUGCCGGUAAGAGCUCGGUGAUCGAAGCUAUCGUGGGUCGUGAUUUCCUGCCAAGAGGUACUGGCAUCGUUACUCGUCGACCACUCAUUCUACAACUAUGCCACACAGCAGCCGAAGAUGAGGAGAAACGAAAGGGACGUGAAGGUGAUUGGGCUCAAUUCGAGCAUACCAACGCAAAGAUCUUUGACGAUUUCGAGAAUGACGAAAAAUCCCUGUCGGCGAUCAACCACGUAAUAUUGAACAACAAAUCCUCAAAA